AAACUCUAGGUGGAUUCGUCUCAGCUUAAAUCACCUCCAUCACAUUAUAUUUGACAAUCCACCCCCUCCACCCUGAUUUGUCUUCUCUAAAAUGGGCGAAAUAUCCGAGUCUGCUGUUUACGAAGAAGCUUUGGCCCUCAAACCCAAGAGCAUCACACCCUUCACCGAUUCCACCCUUCAAGAAUGUCGUGACGUCUACCAUUUUGUCGCAAGACCAUCCCAAGUGGUGUUAGACGGUCAAUCUUUGAACCUGAGCUCGGUUGUAGCUGUUGCUAGACAUGGUUGUGAUGUGUCUCUAACCAAAGACUCAAAGAUACACCAAAGGCUGCAGAGAAGUGUGGAUGUUCUAAACGAAAAGCUAAAUAGUGGUGAGACAGUCUACGGUGUCAAUACUGGAUUUGGCGGAAGUGCGGAUACCAGGACAACAGACUACGUUGCGCUACAAAAGGCUUUGAUUCAGUCGCAAAUUUCGGCAGUCCUGCUUCCUAGUGAUCGAGGUCAUCAGAGCUCUCGCCUUUCUGGUCCUCUUUUCUUGAAAAACCACAGCAUCCCUGUACCAAUUGUGAGAGCUGCAAUGUUAGUGCGAUGCAACUCUCUCCUUCGAGGCCACUCGGCUGUGCGGCAGCAGGUGAUUGAAUAUAUCUGCAACUUCUUGCAAACCUCUUUUACUCCAGUGGUUCCUCUCAAGGGAAGCAUCUCUGCGUCGGGUGAUUUGAUGCCGCUUGCAUACAUAGCUGGCGCUCUUCAAGGAAACCCAGACAUCUCAGUUCAUAAACCGAAUGGAGACAUUAUCCGCGCCGAUCAAGCACUCAAGGAAUUAAACUUGGAGCCUUUGGUAUACGGUCCCAAGGAAGGCCUAGGGCUCUUGAAUGGGACUGCGUUCAGCUGUGGCGCCGCAAGCCUAAUUUUGUUCGAAGCCAAUCAGCUACUUUUACUGUCGCAAGUGCUCACAGCAAUGGGUACUGAAGCAAUGUUGGGCAUGAUUUGCAAUUAUCACCCGUUCAUUGCCGCCACACGCCCCCAUGAAGGCCAAGUGGAGGCUGCGAAGAAUAUCUUUGACCUUUUACUUGACUCCAAGCUUGCAAUUCCAGCUAGUUCUGGUCAAGACGGUCUCGCACAGGAUCGUUACGCUCUACGUACUUCCUCGCAGUGGAUCGGCCCCCAGAUUGAGAAUAUGCGUCUGGCGCUGCAACAGGUGCAGACCGAGCUUAACUCAACAACGGACAACCCUCUUAUUAACCUGGAAGACGGCAACAUCUAUCAUGGUGGUAACUUCCAAGCCGUGGCUAUUACCUCGGCCAUGGAGAAAACUUUGAGCACCAUGCAAAUGAUUGGAAAAAUGGUGUUCUCUCAAUGCUCCGAGCUACUGAACCCGACUCUUAGCAAUGGGCUUCCGCCAAAUUUGUGCAUGGAAGACCCUAGUCUUUCAUUUGCAUUCAAGGGUAUUGAUAUCAACAUGGCAGCCUACACUUCCGAGCUAGGAUAUCUGAAUCACCCUAUCAGUAAUCACGUUCAGUCGGCGGAAAUGCAUAACCAAGCCCUCAAUUCACUCGCAUUUAUCGGGUGUCGCUAUGCUGGAGAUGCUGUCGAGAUACUCUCACUGAUGACGGCCACUUAUCUAUACGUGCUCUGUCAAGCUGUGGACCUUCGAGCGCUUCAUGCCGAAUUUGUCAAAGCUGCACGCCCCAUGGUUGAUGAGCUCACAGCGAGCGCUUGUUCAAAAGAACACGUCAACAAAGAAUCGACUAAAUCUGUCAUCUGGGAGGAACUGAUGCAACACUGGCUCAAAAACAGCACAAGGGACCUUUGUGAUCGAUGUGCGACUUCAGCGAAUCGAUCCGCUGGGGUUCUUCUUGAUAACCUGCCUCCCGAAGCUGGUAUAUUACAAGAAGGCGUUAUUCGGCAAUGGAAGAGCAGUGUCUCUGGCGUGUUACAGAGAACUUACGAGAAUACUCGGAACAAAUUUCUUUCUUGCGCCACAACCAAGAAGUAUCUUUGCACUUCGUCCCAGAAACUUUACAAGUUCGUCCGGGAAGAUCUGAAUGUACCGGCCUACAGCGAAUCUGGUGCCUACUCAACAUUACGUAGAGAUGACUACGAAUCGAUUGGCUCCCAGGUCAGCAAAAUUUACACAGCACUACGAGAAGAGAGAUUCCGCGACAUUUUGCUCAGUUGCUGGUAGAUAGCUGCUUCUUAUUAUACCCAGCUCGUUACUCAUCUGGGCGUUUUUGACCAAGAUAGUCUUCUCAGAGACUCUGGAGUUUAGCGACAGCUGUUCAAUUUCGUACAGAAGUAUGCUGUUUGAAUUAUUUUUUCGCGAUAUAUAGAACCAUCACGGGAAUAUGAGGUUGAGAUAAUCAAUCAGUGUUAUAGAUA